UGAUGAACUCCUGUUAAGCACGAGUAGUGGUGGUGUCAUUUGUUAUUGUUUACUUUGACGACUUUGGCGACAACUCCGCUCUUCAAGAAAGAAGUACGUAGGAAAAAGAAAACAGUCCUUUUGCACAAGUGUUUACGUUGUCCGAGCACGUGGAUUUUGUUAAUUCUUCUACCUAGUGCAGUCGCUCAGCCUUCAAGAUGGGUAAAAGUAUACGCAGCAAGCGCAUGAGGCGCAACAGAAAUGUCAAAAGAGCUAAAACUUACAAUCCAAGAAUCGAAGCAAAACUCAAAGCAGCCCUUGCUUUUGAGUACAAUGAACAGACAGAAAAGGCUCAUCUUUCUAUGUUUCAUGAUAUCAUGAAUGGUCCACCCCCAGCUGUACCAGGAUUGGAGCCUGGCAGUAAAUUAGAAAGAGCUCAUCUUACUGAAGGCCAUGUGUCUGUAGAGAGAAUAAGCAACUUCAACGUUGGGAAAAUGAACAGGCUUUGGGAGGCAGCCACCCGAGCUGUAACAAAAGGAGCUCGUCAAAUCCCUGAUCCCCCAUCAGACCCCGAAGAUGAAACAGAAAUGGAUGAUAAGGAACCAAGGGUGUAUGAUCCUAAAACAAUGAAGGAUCAGUAUGGAAACUAUCCUCCAUGGAUGAACAAGAAAAAGGUCAAGGCAAAGUCUCAUGCUGCCAAAGUUCAGAAGGCUAAGGAUAGACGAGUAGCAAAGAGGAGGGCAGGCAAGGUUCUUCGCAAAGACACUGAUGGGCAAGGAAGCAAGAAAGUCUCAAAUAAGAAGAAUGAGAGUGAUGGUGAUGAGAGUGAUAUGGAAGUAAAUUUCUAUAAGUAAACAA